UUUGCUGUCAUUGCAGCCCAUCCAUUAGAACGCCAUUCAGAUUACGAACGGUCCGCCUCUUGUAGCUGUGUAGCCUCCCGCGGGUGAGCGCUUGAAACCAACCAAAUAGGACUAAAAUGGCGCUUAGUCAAGGAACAAAGAAAAAAGUUUGCUACUACUAUGACGGUGAUGUUGGAAAUUAUUACUAUGGCCAGGGCCACCCCAUGAAGCCACACCGUAUUCGUAUGACACAUAACUUGUUGCUCAACUAUGGCCUCUACAGAAAAAUGGAGAUAUAUCGUCCACACAAAGCCAGCGGCGAGGAGAUGACCAAGUACCACAGUGAUGAUUACAUCAAAUUUCUGCGCUCCAUCCGUCCAGACAACAUGUCAGAGUACAGCAAACAAAUGCAGCGAUUUAAUGUAGGAGAAGAUUGUCCAGUGUUUGAUGGUUUAUUUGAGUUCUGCCAGCUCUCAGGUGGCGGCUCUGUCGCUGGUGCUGUGAAGUUGAACAAACAGCAGACGGACAUAGCCAUUAACUGGGCGGGGGGCCUCCAUCAUGCCAAAAAGUCAGAGGCCUCUGGGUUUUGCUACGUCAACGACAUUGUGCUGGCCAUACUUGAAUUACUGAAGUACCACCAGAGAGUUCUGUACAUAGACAUUGACAUCCAUCAUGGAGACGGUGUGGAAGAAGCCUUCUACACCACAGACCGUGUCAUGACUGUGUCUUUCCACAAAUAUGGAGAGUACUUCCCUGGCACCGGCGACCUCAGAGACAUUGGGGCUGGGAAGGGCAAAUAUUAUGCUGUGAAUUACCCUUUGAGAGAUGGAAUUGAUGAUGAGUCUUAUGAAGCCAUAUUCAAGCCGAUCAUGGCCAAGGUGAUGGAGAUGUACCAGCCCAGUGCAGUGGUUCUGCAGUGUGGCGCAGACUCGUUGUCAGGGGACAGACUGGGCUGCUUCAACCUCACUAUUAAAGGACACGCCAAGUGUGUGGAGUACAUGAAGAGCUUCAACCUGCCGCUGCUAAUGCUGGGAGGUGGCGGCUACACUAUCCGAAACGUUGCGCGCUGCUGGACGUAUGAGACCGCCGUCGCACUUGAUACAUCCAUCCCUAAUGAACUCCCAUACAAUGACUACUUUGAGUACUUCGGACCAGACUUUAAACUGCACAUCAGCCCCUCCAAUAUGACCAACCAGAACACCAAUGACUACCUGGAGAAGAUUAAACAGCGUUUGUUUGAGAACUUGCGCAUGCUGCCCCACGCUCCAGGGGUACAAAUGCAGGCCAUUCCAGAAGACGCCGUACAGGAAGACAGUGGAGACGAGGAAGAGGAGGACCCCAACAAACGCAUAUCCAUUCGCGCUCAUGACAAGAGGAUAGCUUGUGAGGAGGAAUUCUCCGACUCCGAGGACGAAGGUGAAGGAGGCCGCCGAAACACAGCCAACUUUAAGAAGGCCAAGCGAGCCAAGACUGAGGGAGAGAAGGAGGCUGAAGAAAAGGAGAAGAAAGGUGAGGAGGAAACAAAAGAUGUGAAAGAUGAAGAGAAGGCCCCAGAGGAGGAGAAAAUGGACACAUCAAAGCCGAAAGAGGAGUCGAAGACACCUUAAGACCCCCAGCACCUAACGAUGAAAAUGCUCUUUUAGCAAGAUGGUCUUUUUAUUUUGGGGAUGGGGGCGGGUGGGGGGGAUUGCUUAUGUGGAGAAGGAUGGGAUAGGAAACUUUUUUUUCUCGGAUACCUUUCCACUAUUACUGUCCAACAGAAUAAAUGUUUUGAAUAUUGUUUUUGUAAGCUUAUCUUCAUCUACAAACCUUUUUAUGCUCCAAUUCCUUAAUUUUCUUUUGUCCGGCAACAAUGUUCAAAUGGCUUAUAGCACACUUAUGGUUUUACAUCUGAUGGAUUUAAUUUAUUUAAAUCAGAUACUGUGGCAAAUCCUUUGUUUUUUAUAUAUAUCAUUUUCUUUCACGUCUAUUUUGGUUCUGUGACUUUGAGAGUAUAGUUCAUGCAUGUUUGUAUAAUAGAUCAUUUUCUAUAAUA